GAGCAGGAGUCGCGUUUAUUUAUAGAUGCAAGUCCAUCAAUCGUGUGGCGCGUGUGUGACUAUACUUACGCCACUGCAUCUGUACAUAAGAGGCGUGCGACGAAUUUUCGCGUGACAGGAACGAGAGUGCGGAUAUGUGACAGAAUCCUGCGUGUAUAAUCUGAUGCAACGAAUUUUUCGCGUGGCACGAACUGCGUUGUUAUCCCGAGAUAAGCGCCUUCUCGCGAUCCGAAAGACCGCUAUGGACCAGUCGAGACGUUUGAAGGCUGAAUGUUGAUUCCGCGAGAACGAUGCGCGAAGGUGCCACUUCGGAAUUAGUCCUCCAAGAUUCCUCCGCGAUCCGCAGCUAAUGAACGCGAGAGAUAUGUCGAAGCCCGAUGCACCGAAAUUCGUUAUAGCGCUUUUCUCCUUCAAGGGAAAGAACAACGAUGAACUGUGCUUUAAGAAAGGUGAUAUAAUAACAAUAACGCAAGUAGACGAUGAAGGCUGGUGGGAGGGCACGCUAAAUGACAAAACUGGUUGGUUUCCUUCGAACUAUGUUAAGGAAUAUAGAAUUUCAGAUGGUGGUCAUGCAUCGAUUAAGACAUCGCCAGAAAGGAGUCCACAGGAAUCGCCCGCACAUCAGAAACUUAAUCGUGAUAUAGUAUUAAAGGACAUUGUUGAUUCCGAGAGAGUGAAUGUAGCAGAACUGCAAGGUUUAGUGAACAAUUUUUUACAACCUCUUGAAACAUCAAACAUAUUAAAAAAAGAUGAGUAUAAGCAGCUACUUGGUAACAUACACGAGGUCUUGGAGACUCAUCAGUAUCUGUUGGCAAAUUUGGAAGCGACCAUUUUGCAAGGACUCUCUGCAAGAAUAGGGAAUCUCUUUCUGACUAUUGCACCGAGGCUGAAAUCUAUUCAUAUUACAUACUGUAACAAUCAUCCGCAAGCCGUUUGUAUAUUGGAUAGAUACAGAGACGAACUAAAUGAAUUUAUGGAACGUAGUGGAGCGAUAUCACCAGGUAUAUUAGUAUUGACCACUGGGCUCAGCAAGCCGUUCCGCAGACUGGAUAAAUAUUCUGCUAUGCUUCAAGAGUUGGAAAGGUAUACCGAGAAGAAUCAUCCCGACAGAGGUGACACCCAACGCAGCAUAGCAGUGUAUAGGGAAAUUGCGGAUCAUUGCGCUUCCCUACGCAAGCAACGUGAAUUAGCGCUCCAAAUAUUAACUAGUGGAAUCAAAGGCUGGGAGGGUGAAGAGUUGAUCUCACUGGGCGAGAUUGUCCAUGUCGGAUCUGUGACUCUAGCGACUGGCGUGGAUCGUAGAGACAGAUACUUUGUUUUAUUUCCCACCACGUUGCUGGUGCUCAGCACCAGUCCAAGAAUGAGUUCCUUCAUUUAUGAGGGAAAGCUUCCGUUGACCGGCAUUAAUGUAACUGCAACCGAAGAUAUGGAUGAAAUAAGAAACGCUCUGGAAAUCACUGGACCAAUGAUUGAAAGCAUUGUCGUACUAUGCGCCACGAGAGAAGAGAGGCAACGUUGGAUCGAUCUUUUGAUUCAGGAACGAGGCGCAAGUCCGUUGAAGUCACCGACCAUACCUCGUGUGAGUUGUCAUCAUCCUCCGUACGCGCGACUCUCGAGAUACUUUGCGAAGCUCGUGAGGAGAAAGAUCAUAUGUCCUGAAUUAGUGAAGAAGCUGUUGUACAUUCAAUACAUCUUGAGGCCGGAUUUGAGUAACGUAAAAAUGAGGAAGCGGAACGUGACCUAUGCUAUCUUCUCUACUCAUAGUAGCGGAGAGACGUCCGACACACUGACCGAAAGCAGGAUACAGGAGGAGCCGCGGGCGUUACAUAAAUCCUCGCUAAUGCUAGACGUUAAGUACGUGAUAAACAACGACGAUCUCAGUACCGCGGGAGUAGCAAACACCUCCUCACUCACGAAUUUCGUAUCGAGAGUCGAUCGCAACGAUCGUUGUACCUUCGAGACUAGUAAGAGCUUACCGGUCGCUGGCACAAUGAGCCGCGUCCUGCCGAGUAUUCCGCUCGCGUCGAGCAAAUCGUACACGUCGAAUCUUCGGUACCGUAACGAAUUCUGUCGGGAGCAUUUGGAAAUUGCGCAUCGGCGACAGCACAGCGACCUAACGGUGAAGUACUUGGGAACGAUUGAGCGUUAUCCGGAGGGGUCGGGCGUGCCGAUUCGAUACCUCGUGCCUUCCGUCCAAAGAGACGACUGCGGUAGCAUCGACGAGGAAUUUCGAGAAACGUGCGCAAAUGCUAGUCUGCGAUCGUCGGAUUCGGGAAUGGCCGAGAGCUAUCACUUGAACUCGUCCGAGAUUAAUUCUUGUUACAAGUCGUACGCGUCCGGUCACACCAAGUAUACGGAUCCCGUAAGAACGUCUCACAGCGAGAGCGAUAACGAUGAGAAUAAGUUCGAGCAUCAGUGCAUUUGCACCUCGCCAUUCGGCUCUACGCCUCGGGAUAGUGGCCAUUCCCUGUCGAAAAAUAUUGACGAGCGCGCAAGUCUCGCUAGACCUAGCGAUAUCGAUAAUAAUCUUAGCGCUGAUAAUUCGAAUAACACUGGGAGAGAAAUGCAGCAAACUGUAUUUACUCACGUCUUGACGAAUUAUGGAGACGCAAAAGACAAAAGGUAUACGCAACCGAUACCGUACGCACAUCAGUGCGUAAUUAGAAAAGUCGGGAGACGCGUAGCUCGUCCAAUCCAGCCGAUUAUCGAGGAAUGCGACGAAACGGCGACUCAGGUCUAUUCAUCCGGACUGUAUGCUCAUUGGUGGCUCAAGAAACCUAUUCCGAUGUCUGGAUGCACGGAACAAGCCGACGAACAACCAGAUGAACGGGAAGCUUCAGCGACCAGCGGUGGAGCCUUGUACUCCUCCAGGGAUUAAGACACCUUGGAGCCUUGCAUCAUUAAGACCUGCUCCUCCUUUGUACUCUCUUAAGAACUUUGGAAAAAUAGAUACCACUACAGAUA